UCCCGCUGUGCAAACAGUGUCUAGUGACAAAUUAUUUAUUAUUAUCCUUUAAUAUAAUACUAAUAAUAUAACAGUCAUUCAUUCUGUGGUUUUGAACAGGAAUUACACGUCGCCUGGCAGUGUACUUAUAGUUCUAAAUCGAGAGCAAAUAUUUUGUGAAAAACAUUGCCAAAUCUGGAUUAUAUAACAUAAUUAUUAGUUUGUCCGCGUAAAAAGUUUUUGGUUUUCUUCCUUGUGUUAUAUGUCAAAGGUUUCAACUAAAUGAGUGAUGCUUCCACCCAGCGCAAGACAAAGCCCGUGCGGCGUCAACGAUCAAUAUACCAGGUGCACUACGGGCUCCCGCGCGUGCGCGACGAGAACAUGGCGACGCCGCUGCCGCUGCCCACGGACCCCGCCUCGCUGCAGGCGUACACGCUGCAGGUCGCCGGCCACAUGAGCACGCAGAACAACAAGUAUCUCGGUGUUCUCCAAUGCAACAACGGCACGAUCCUCAAACCGAUCAUCAAAGAGUCACAGAAGCGAGAGAUAGACUUCUACACGCGCCUGUCCACCUCCAAUCUACCCGACCUCGUUGAACUACGUCAAUACACGCCCACGUACUACGGGUGUCGCAGGUUUACGUACAACGGCCAUGAGCAAGAGUACAUUGUGUUGGAAAACUUGUGUGAUAGGAUGUUGGAGCCUUGUAUUAUGGAUGUUAAGAUUGGUAAAAGAACAUGGGACCCUUUAGCAACAGAAGAGAAAAUCCUCAGCGAACAGAACAAAUACCGCGAAUGUAAACAGCAACUUGGGUUCUGCAUCCCGGGGUACCAGGUGCACUCGCUGCCGGGAGGCAAGCUGCUGCGCUUUGGGAAGGACCACGGAAAGAGGCUGCACGGACAUAUGGUCGUUGCUGCGAUAAGAAAGUUCCUGAACGGCACAACCUUCCUAUGCCGGUCGUUGGUGCUGGCACUGUUGUCUCGAUUGUGGAAGAUCCAGCGCUGGGCGGCGCGGCAGCGAUCCUUGAAACUGUACUCCGCCUCGCUGCUGCUGGUGUACGACGCCGCGCGGCUGAGGGACUGCUGCCCUGAUAACGACACCAUGCUGUGUCGCGCACAGCCCGCGGCGCGACGCGCCUCCAUCCACUCCAUCAGCCCCGACGCCGGCUCCAACUUCAGCGGCCAGCUCACCGCCAAAGGCCCAACUUAUAAGAGAGUCAACGCAGUCCCCAUCAGCCCCCUAUCCUUAGCGCACUCCAGCUUCACUCCUCCCUCGCCUAUCCACUCCCCUUGGACAGAGGCCCUGGACAAACUACACCAUAACCACUCCUUUGACCAUAAUUAUGAAGAUAAGCUUUCUAAAAUCAAAAUGAACUACAGAGCGCAGUUAGAACAACUAUCAGACGACACUCCUACCCCCAACCCGUGGGGAACAGUUAAGAUCAUCGACUUCGCACACGCCUUCUUCAAUGAAGAUGACCAAAUGGGUUUAGACGAGAAUUUCAAAGAGGGCAUAGACAACUUCGUUGCGAUUUUCGAAGAGUUUUUGAGAGAGACAGACGAUCAAGUAUUUUGAUUGGAUCCUAAUGUUGUGUAAACAAUUUAAAUAUUGUCCCUUGGUCUUGACGUACAUAGUAAUUGUAAGAAUCUUUAUUUAUUACGUAUUAUAAUGUACAUAAUGUAAUGUUUUAUAAUGAACUUAAAAUAAAUACAAAAGUUCGCUUUAUAAA